AUGGCGUUUCUGGUCUCUUCACUGACGGUGUUAGUGAUGAUCUUCUCCAGGCCCAUUUCCUCCAUUAGCUGUGACCUGCCUCAGAGCCUUGACUCGGGAAAGCAGGAGACCUUCACAGCUCUGGACCAAAUGAGGACAAUCUCUCUUCUUUCUUGUCUGAAGUAUAGGACUGACUUCAAAUUCCCCCAGAAGGAGCUGGAUGGCAGCCAGUUCCAGGAGGCCCAGGCCAUCUCUGUCCUCCACGAGAUGCUCCAGCAGAUCUUCAGCCUCUUCCACACAGAGCGCUCCUCUGCUGCCUGGAACACCACCCUCCUGGACCGACUGUGCACUGGACUCCAUCGGCAGCUGGAAGACCUGGACACCUGUUUGGUGCAGGCGAUGGGAGAGGAGAAAUCUGCCCUGGGAACUGAGGGCCCUGCACUGGCUGUGAAGAGGUACUUCCGGGAAAUCCACCUCUACCUGAAAGAGAAGAAAUACAGUGACUGUGCCUGGGAAAUUGUCAGAGUAGAAUUCACUCGUCCUCUGGCAGUCUCCAAGGCACAGGAGCUGUAUUCCUUCUCCUUCAGAUAGCUGCUGAUUCCUUGGGAGUCGUUUUGGAUAACAUUCCCAAGCAAGGACAAACCAGAAUAUUUUCUGCUUUCACCUUCUGCUCCAGUUGUUCCAGAUUGGCUAGAGAGUAAUUUAAGCAGCAGAUCUUACUCCAAGCUGUAGUCUUCUAUGUGGAACGGGUUGAAGAUCUGUCCUGUAGUCUGUAUGAACAGGUUGAGAAUCUGCUGACAAAAACAAGGUGGCUUAUAGAUACCUCCAAUUUUGAACAAAAAAAAUUAAAGGAGAUCCUGUCAUUUUGGCAUAAGUGAGAAGCAAUCCUUUUGCGAUACCUCAAAGGCACGAAGAUUUCCUGAUUUUCACACCCAGGAGACCAGGAGGAGUUAAAGUAAAGCAUCAGCAGCACCAUUAGCGAAUAGAUUUGCCAGUGAGUUCAGCGAGCCACGGUGAAUGAAACCCAGCGCGCGGCCACCGCCCUACGGGGCGCGCAAGGCCUUCGUUGCGUCCCAACGGCCGGAAGGGGGCGCGCGCACUAGCCGAACGGACCCACCGGCUUCGACCUGCCAGCGGGACCCGCCUGGAGGGCCAGCGCCGCGGUCUCGGGUGCCAAGUCCAUCCGCAGAACCGCAGCUUCACCACCAGCAGCAGCCCCGACCCGGCGGGACGCAGCCGCGAGAGCCGCCGGGAAGCUUCCGCUCCGGGCCCUGGCCGCCCGGGAGCUUUCCGAGCCGGCCCCUGCGCGGAGCCUGUCCUUCCUCCUCGAACAGGUCGGCCAGGCCGGUUUACAGAAGCGCCAUGAAUUCAGGGCAUUGACGCCUGGAAAUCAGAGCGCGCUGUGGUGCGUUUUCAGAUUCAGAAUCGUUCCCGCGGAGAAAGGGCCGGACUCAGAGAAGGGAAACGCGUCUACAGUCCGGAUGCGAAUGUAGGAAAUACUGGGACCCUCCAAGGUGGAGUGACUCCGGGACGCGGCCGGUGCCCGGCUGAAACGUAGUGGAGCCUGAGGCAAAAGGCAAACUGAAAGCAUCAAACCAGAAGCAGGAAGAAAGAGUCUUAGAGGGUAAUGUUCUGCUGUUGAAUGCCAAGAUCUCCCUGGAUUAAUCUCAAUGCCUCUUUUCAAUGAGGGUUCAGGUCUACAAUCACUGAGGAUAUCAGUUGCUAGAUCCCAGUCCUUCUCAGAAAGUAAUGACCUCAAAGGGGAGCCUCUUAAGAGGCAUAUGAGGCCUGAAACACUUCUAAUCCUCAUUCUGCCCAGCCUUUGGAAUUGGACGGUGAUUGAGCUGGGCCAGGAGUC